AUGCGAAACGGAGAAGCGAAGCGGCAAACGAAUGCGGAAGAGGCAGUAGCAGCAGCAGCAGCAAUAGCAAUGGUGGAGAAGCCUGGGGAGCUAUCCGAGACAGAAAACACAGGAUGGCGAUGUGAAGAGGCGUUCCACAAUGGUGCACCGCUAUUACAAAUACUAUUGCUUGCUGUACUACGAAGCCAGCUUAUCAUCAUUUAUGCAAAAUUUCUCUCACAUCCACUUUAUGCAAAUUUUAUGACUGUGGCCCGUGGGAGAAUGGAAGACACUUUGCAAUCUCAUAAUUUGAUUACGUGA